AUGGGAGUGGAAAUUGAGACCAUCUCCCCUGGAGACGGACGGACAUUUCCAAAGAAGGGUCAGACGUGCGUGGUACACUACACAGGGAUGCUACAGAACGGAAAGAAGUUUGAUUCCUCCAGAGACCGAAACAAGCCUUUCAGGUUCAAGAUCGGCAGACAAGAAGUCAUUAAAGGAUUUGAGGAAGGAGCUGCACAGAUGAGCUUAGGACAAAGAGCAAAGCUAACCUGUACGCCUGACAUGGCGUAUGGAGCCACAGGCCAUCCUGGAGUCAUCCCUCCCAAUGCUACCCUCAUCUUCGACGUGGAGCUGCUCAGGUUAGAGUAA